CCUUCACAAAAACGUCUCCUUCUGUCGUUUUAAUACCUCCACACCAUCCCUCCACCACCUCAUUCCACCAGUGAGUAAAACCGAGGAGAGGUCACGGAGCGAGAGACGCAGAGCGACCCCACCAUCCUGAACGCAUUUUCCCGCCCGAGCGCUCAUUCAUCACGAGACGGCGAGUUUUCUCUGAGAGAAAAGUUGGGGAUAAACUUCAGCAAACCGUGACCUCACCUCUCUGAACUCGGGACAUUGUCUGUGUGUAACGGGACUUUCUGUUGCGGAGGCUGAGCAUCCAGCUGGUUCGCCUGCCUUACCUGUCCCAUCCGGCCGUCCUCGGUGCGUCGUGUCCCGCCAGCAGAGACCCCAGUUUGAUCCAGCUCCAGAGUCCAGCUGUGAGCGACCUGUCUGUUAGAUCAGUAUCAUCAGGAUGAAGAUGAGACAGCCGGGAGCUCUGUGUGGCUUCAUUCUGCUGACCCUGACUGUCCUCGCCACCGCCAGGCCGAAAGCAGGUCCGGAGCAGAAAUGUAAGUCUGGUCCAGUGGAUCUGGUCUUCCUCAUCGACAGCUCUCGCAGCGUCAGGCCACACGAGUUUGAGACCAUGAGGAAGUUCAUGAUCGACAUCCUUAACACCCUGGACAUCGGACUCAAUGCCACCAGAGUGGGAGUGGUUCAGUACUCCAGCCAGGUCCGCAGUGAGUUCUCUCUGAAGACACACGCCAAGCUGGACACCAUGGUGAAAGGCAUCAAUCAGAUCAUCCCCCUCGCUCAGGGUACCAUGACCGGACUCGCCAUCAGAUAUGUGAUGAAUGUGGCUUUCACGGCGGAGGCGGGUGACAGGCCAAAGGUCCCCAACGUCGCUGUGAUCGUGACGGACGGGCGUCCUCAGGACCGUGUGGCGGAGGUGGCAGCUGAGGCCAGAGAGAAAGGCAUUGAGAUUUACGCUGUGGGGGUGGCCAGAGCUGAUAUGGCAUCACUGAGGGCGAUGGCAUCACCACCUUUUGAAGACCACGUCUUUCUGGUGGAGUCCUUCGACCUCAUUCACCAGUUCGGUCUGCAGUUCCAGGACAAGCUCUGUGGUGUGGAUCUGUGUCUGGAGUCGGACCACGGCUGUGAGCACAUCUGUGAGAGCUCCCCAGGCUCCUACCACUGCCUCUGUCUGCCUGGAUACACUCUGAAUGAUGACGGGAAAACAUGUGCAGCCAUUAAUCUGUGUGCUGAGGGGAAACACGACUGUGAACAGAUCUGCGUCAGCUCUCCUGGUUCAUUCACCUGCGACUGCAACAAAGGAUACAAACUGAAUGACGACAAGAAGACCUGCUCAAUGAUCGACUACUGUUCGUUUGGGAACCACAGUUGUGAUCAUGAGUGUGUGAGUGUGCUCAAUGGCUAUCACUGCCGCUGUAACGAGGGCUACAGGCUGCUGGACGACGGCAAGACCUGCCAGGCCAUUGACCUGUGUGCUGAGGGGAAACAUGACUGUGAACAAAUCUGCGUCAGCGCACCGGGCGUCUUCACCUGCGACUGCAACAAAGGAUACACACUCAAUGAAGACAAGAAGACCUGCGCACCCAUUGACCUGUGUGCCGAGGGAAAGCAUGAUUGUGAGCAGAUCUGUAUCAGCGCUCCCGGCGUUUUCACCUGCGACUGCAACAAAGGAUUCAAACUCAACAAAGACAAGAAGACCUGCACAGACAUGAACCUGUGUAACACAGUGGAGCACGGCUGUGAGCACCAGUGUGUGAGCACUCCAGGAUCUUACUACUGCAUCUGUCCUGAAGGACAACUGCUGCAGGAGGACGGAAAGAGCUGCGGCACCUGUAAGUCAGCCAACAUCGACCUGGUGCUUCUGAUUGACGGCUCCAAGAGUGUCCGCCCCCAAAACUUUGAGCUGGUCAAAAAGUUUGUAAACCAGGUUGUGGACUCUCUGGAUGUGUCUGCACAUGGCACCAGAGUCGGUCUGGUUCAGUACUCCAGCCGUGUCCGGACAGAGUUCCCUCUCAACAUGUACCACACUGCUGACGAGAUCAAAGCUGCAGUCAUGAAGGUUGACUACAUGGAGAAAGGCACUAUGACAGGUCUGGCCCUGAAACACAUGCUGGAGAACAGCUUCUCAGAGGCGGAGGGCGCUCGUCCUUCCAGCCGCAACAUCCCUCGAAUUGGACUGGUCUUCACAGACGGACGCUCGCAGGACGACAUCACAGAGUACGCCAAGAAAGCCAAAGAAGCCGGUAUCACCAUGUACGCCGUGGGUGUUGGAAAAGCUGUGGAGGAUGAGCUUCGUGAAAUUGCAUCUGAGCCUGUGGAGAAACAUUUCUAUUACACCACCGACUUCACGGCCAUCAGCACCAUCGCUGAGAACCUCAAACUGAACGUCUGCCCAGAGGAGAGUCAGGGGGAGAUCGAGGUGAAGGAUCCGUGUGCCUGUGAGAGUCUGGUGGAGUUUCAGCAGGCCACCAUGAGCAGCCUGGAGCAGCUCACACAGAAACUGUCUGGGAUGACUGCUCGUCUGGAGCAGCUGGAGAACCAACUUCUCUCCAGGAAGUGAUCUAAUCAUCAUCACAGUGAGCUAACGGGACGCCACAGAGGGAGAAUAACAGAGUGAGGAAGAGGAGGGAGCAUCAGAAACCUUCCAAAUCGAUGGACAAAACCAAAGUGUCUUUUCACAAAGCCUUUGUAGCUUUCAGAUGGUCUGUUCCUCGUCAUGCUCAUGAGGACGACAUUUAUCUGAAAGCUUGUGACAGAAUCAUAAUUCUGGUGUAGAUGUAAAAGACCCAACUGUACACUUUUUGUCUUUUAAAAAAAAAGAAAAGAAAAAACAACAGAAACUUUCCCACACGUCACCAAGAGAACCAGCUGUUAAGAUGAAAAACAAAUGCUUUCAUAAAACAGAUGGAUAUUACAUUUCCAAGAUUCCCCAGAACAUCUGUGUUUUCGGUGUACCUACAUUAAGGAUGAAUUCAAGACUGUUUAACAUUUGUUACUGAUAGUCAUCAUGUAACACAUGUUAUAACAGUCGCACACACACACACACACACACACACACACACACACACACACACGGGUUUGUAGGCUAUCUUUGUAAACUAGAUGUAAUCAGUGUACUGUAGAUAUUAGAUGGAAGCACAAAAUAUUAUUCAGUGAAAAAUGUUCAUCACAGACUGUGUCAUUCACACACACACACACACACACACACACACACACACACACACACACACACACACCCUCCGUCUGUCAGUGCCCUGUUUAUACUUGAUCUGUUUUGUACGGUUUGUUAAGUUUUAUUAUGAUGUAUUUAUAGCAGAUUGUUUUUUUCUACCACAGUAGAAUAGCAAAUUUAAAUUAAAAAAGGAGUUAUAAAAAUGAAGUGUUGUUACCACUCCCAAUUUCAAAUUGGCUCGAGUCAUUUUCAUACAAAGUCAUUACUUGUUCGAUCACAGGUCUGACAGUUUCAAAGAGAAAAGCGGUUUGGAUUUAAAACAAAAAGGGACGUUAUAAAGUCUGAAGUGUCGUUCAUAAAGCUGUGGUCUGAGAAAAUGUGAUGAACCAAUUGUGACAGGACUCAGUAUUUUUUUAGUUAGAACAAAUAUGGCCUUACCUUUUAAAAAUCAAAUUCAUUCUCUACUGUGCACUUUCUAAAUUUUGUCUUACAGUGCCCUUAACAUGUCUGAGUAUUAGAAAUAAAAAAGUGUUUGAUAUUUUUCUCUUUGCCCUAAAGUGGUCCAUCACAUCAUCAGCAGUGUCUGAGCAGUCUGUUAUAAUCCAGUCACAUUAGACUAACAGGGAGGCCUCACAGGGCGCUGUAUGUAAAUUAACUUUGGUAGAUCAUCUCACUCUUGUAGUUUUGUAUAAAAAUAUACCCUUUUAUAUUUGAAUGUCUCUAUGUUUUUGUAUAUUUUCCAAUAGCUUUACCUUUUUUUACUUUUCUGAUGGAUCCCUGUAUUACAGCACAGAAGGCAAUAAAAGAGUGAACUUUUCACUUUUGAGUAACGUA